UCACAGCAGUCAGCCAAACGGUUGCCUGAAAACACACACACAUACACACACACAAACACGUACAGAGCAAGAGUGAGGACGUAAAAAGAGAGAGUUGCAAGAGAGAAGCAAAGAAAUAUUUGGCUAGCUUCUCUUCUCACUGUCGGCUGGUUGUUUUUGCAUCUCUGAUAUGACCCUGUUCAGCCCAAGAUACACGAACAUGAGUGGAGAGUUGAAGUCCAGCCGCUCCAGGGCAGCGAGUAAGAGGGCCAGCAACACCACUUACGGAUCCGAGUUCGACCUGGACUAUGACAGCUAUCACGAGGACUACUAUGACAGGGUGUAUGACUACCAGCGUGUGCCAGCAUCCCUGUCUCCUUCACCCCUGGGACCCAGUCUGGCCAAGCGAUCCCGUUCCUCCACCUACUCCUCCGGGCACAGACGUAGUGGAGACAGAACCCACUCCAAAAGCUCCAGAGCCCAUUCCACUAGUUCAACCACGGCCAAGUUGGGCAUGGAGGAGUUGCAGGUGAUUAAAAAAGAGCUGACUCUGAUAAAGACACAGAUCGAUGGGCUGCUUGACAGUCUUGACAGGAUGGACACACAGAGGAAUGACCACAAAGGGUCUCCCUUGAGAGAGGACAGUCCAGCUGGCUCCACUUACGCUCUGUCAGCCAGCAGCCCAGAGCACUCCCUCUCCUCCCUCUCUCCACCCAGCUCCCGCCAUCGAAUCCACAGGGAGAGCUCUGACCUGAGGGAGCCCGAUGACGACCACCACACGAUGAGCAACCACAGCUCUGACCCUGAGGAGGAAAUAUGAGGGAGGAAAAUGAGAAGAUGUAGGUGACAUGGAUUAAGUGCCAAACACUGAGGAAGAGAACAACAACCACCAAGCCAACACUCAUAUCUUCAUUCCCCAACUGGGUGGACAUAUCAGAUAACACAAUACAUUUAACUGUGUCACAGCAACUCAGUUUCUGUGACUGUACUUUAAAUUAAUACAAAAACACUGACACAGGAUUGGCCUGAGAGAGUGAGAAGGAGUGUUCCUACCGAGAAAGUAAUUAUAAAGAACAGCUGGAAGCAGGUUAAUUUAACAUGGAUUUAACCUAUUCUACUGUAUGAGUUGGUUUGCACGAACACCAAUAUUCCAGUAUUAAUCCAAAUGAGACAAUACAGUUCUCUGCUUAAAACAUUUUGCAACCAGCUUACCAGUUUAUCUCAUUCACAUUAAAGUCUUCUUCUGAAAACAGGCAGAAUAUGCUAGUAUCAGACUAUAUAUACAGUAUUAAUUUAUGUGUAGUCAUAGGGUUUUGCUAGAAGUGCAAGAAUAAAAUUAAAGGAAAAUUAAAGUAUUUACUCUUGUCUUUUAUAAUUAAGAAAUUUCUGUUUAUGAAGGACUUUUAUUAGAUAAUGCACAAACAAUAUAAAACAGCUUACUUUUAUAUUAUUUUCAGUUUCAGAAUAAGAGUAAAACUGGAAUAUUGUGUCCAUGUAAUUUUAAAAUGAAAGAUUCCCUCUGAGGAAGUAUUUUGACCUGUGAAAGCAAAAGAAAUGUUUACACUCUCAAAUUUGAUCUUACAGUGGGGGUUUUUUUUUUUUGACACUUAACUAAUACUUUCUCUUUAUUCUAUACCUCUAAUAUAUCAGAAUUUAGCUAUUCACGGUAAAUUAUAGUAAUGAUUGAAAGAAUGGAUAAUCACACUGAUCAUUCAGGAGAGAAAAAGAGUGUUCUGCUUGUAAGUUUCAGUAUACUACUUUUCUGAGUGUAACUCUCUGAAAGAAAUGUUAUAAAAAUGACCUUGUUAUGUCACACCUAUUGAAAUACAAGUGGUUUCUCUACUGUAAAUGUAUUAGAGGGAUGUUGCAACUCACUUCCCCCGAUGUAUUUGGCACUUAAAGACAUGCAAAGGUCCAGGUCAGUGUGUAAUAUUGUGUAUUAUUGUAAACUUUCCUGUAAUUGUUAAGCUGUCUGAUUUUAAUCUUGCUUUAGGACUUCUCAUAUGUUUUUCUUUGAAGACAAAUAUGAUGUUAUUAUAAUUCUUAUGGUGUUAAAUGUUUUUGUUGCAAUCUUAAAAUAAUCCAAGUGGAAAUACUCAUUGUCA